CCUCCUGCAUGUCAUCAGGUCUUAUGUUCUAGACUUCUUGCCCUACAAACUUUACACAUCUCUCCUCAGCUAUGAGUAAUUCAAUAGGAUUUCACAUCUGUGUGGCUGCCUGCGGCAUCCUGCUCUUGUCCUCCAGUGUACCAUGCCUCGCAUCUCAGAAACUGGAGGAGAGGGACAUGACGAAGCUCCAGCCCAGCCCUUGGGCAGGGAACGGGGUAGAAGAUGAAAGGACAAGCUUGUCAAACUUGAAAACUAUCUUGGACCCCUCUGAGCGAGCAGUCUCUGAAGAGCCGUCUGGGGUCUCAAAGUCAUCUGAGAUGCCCUUAAGUGAAGCCUUUACUGCUGAAAGAGAAAUAGAGCCUGUAAGCCCAAGUCACAUCUUCCCAGGCAGUCAGAGCCUGGAUGUUUACAGCCCUGCUGUGGUGGUGACAGCUACAGAAGGGAAGGAACCUGGUCCUGCAAAGUCAGAAAAGGAGCUGAAUGAAAAUGGUGAGCUGAAGGCCAUGCUAACCACAGCUGUGACCACACUGAACCCUUCCAUUGAGGAGGAAUCUGUCAGUAGCCCUGUUAGCAAGACCACUGCAGAGAAUAGUGUUGAAGUAGAGCGUAGCUCUGCCAGCCUCCUAGCAAAUCUGCUUUCUGUGACAGUUCCAACUGCAGAGGAGGCAGAGAGUAGCUUGGAUGACUCAACUGCACCCCAGCUCCCUAGUGAGCAGGUGCCCACUCUGCACCCCAGCACUCCCAGUCUGGAAAUGACAAGUGAUUAUUCUGUCAUCCCCAGUCCACAGCCUCAAAAUGUGGACUCUGAAGCUGGAACAAGAGCAAAUAUGGGGAGCCCUUUGCAGAUACUGACUGCACCGGGGUCUGUUGCUGCAAGACACCCUCUUGCAUCUACUGAGGCUUCCCUCCCUCUGGAAACAGGAACAGAGGGCAGGCAAGGAGAGCUGCCUGUUACGGCUAGCACUGUUGCCAUCCGCCCAACUGUCUCUGUGCUGCCUGACUGGGAUGACACAAAACUAGGAAAUAUAAGUCAAGGGGGAAACAUGCAGCAUGAGGAGAUGGAAGAGGACCAAGUGGCAACAGAACUGUCUUCCACGCUGCAGGGAGAUGUGGAGGAAGAAGAGGAUGUGACAAGACUGCUGCCAUCCCCAGCAUCCACCCCACUAGCUCCUGGGACCACUAGGGAAAACAACUGCACAGAUCCAGUGUCAGCACAGGGGGAGGAAAUGCCGGUAGCUUCCACAGGCCACAAUGAUGUUUCUCUCACUGUGAAUUUGACAGGAAUAGACACAUCUGAUUUAAACUCUCUGGAAAAGACAGACACAGUCACAGCAGAAGAGGAGAAAAGCAUUGCUCUGUCAUUGCCGGAGGCUGCUGUGGUGACAGAUACAAAAGCUGAUGUCCUUCCUACUCUGGGAAGUUCACUGAGAGGUGUUGCUCAGGAGAUGACGACGACGGUUCCCCAGGAGGCUGAUGCUGCUCUGUCAGUUGGGACACUGGCACCUGUUACUACCCAGGAAACUGGAGUGGCAAGCCUUCCUUGGGAGGAAGGUAGGAAGGAUACUCAGAUGCCAGCUGUUCUUAGUGCCACCCAGAUGUUGACAGCAACUGACACCUCUUCUACAGCAAAAACUCCAGAUGUUGAAGAUUUCACAGAUGUGGUUCCAGUCACUAGUGAGAAGGCUGUUCCACCUCCUGAUGGUUUACCUGCUACUCAGCCUGGACAGACAGAAGAGCUACCCAGUAAAACUGUGGUCCUGGUAACUCCAGCAUUGGUGACCUCUUCUGUCAGGAGGACAGCUCUUCCAUCUGUGAGGAAGAUCAGUACAGCUGUAACCUAUGGGCUGGACCGGCUGGAGUCAGAAGAGGGUGAGGAAGAAGAGGAAGAUGAAGAGGAGGAGGAAGAGGAAGAGGAGGAGGACAAAGACAUAGACUCGAUGGAUGAAAGCAUGGAGGGUGACACCGAGCUGCCAGGUUUCACGCUUCCGGGUGAGACCUCCCAGGAACCCCUAGCUGGUCUGGAAAACCCUGCGGCCCAGCUGGCUGGGGUGUCCUAUCAGGUUCCAGACACCAUCGAGUGGGAGCAGCAGAACCAGGGUCUGGUGAGAAGCUGGAUGGAGAAGCUGAAAGAUAAGGCAGGAUACAUGUCGGGAAUGCUGGUUCCUGUAGGAGUCGGGAUAGCCGGAGCCCUUUUUAUCCUAGGAGCACUCUACAGCAUUAAGAUCAUGAAUCGCCGAAGGAGAAACGGCUCAAAAAGGCACAAAAGAAAGCAGAGGGAAUUUAACAGCAUGCAAGACCGAGUAAUGCUCUUAGCUGACAGCUCUGAAGAUGAAUUUUGAAUCGAACUGCAGAGCCGUUGUGAUAUCCAGUGACUUUUCAAGAGACGGAGGGGGAGAGAAAGAACAAACGAAUUUCUGCUGCAUUACUGCUCUCAGCCACACGGAGCCACCGAGCAGUGGCUGGUACCACCCUGGUGAAAUGGCAUGCUAUAUUCUACAUGUAACGCGCAGUGAUGUUUGUUUUGAUACAGUAGUGAGAUUUCACAUUCACACCGGCACCUCAUUCAGAUCCACAGCACAUAUUGUUACAGCUGGAGCUGAUACAUAAGGAUGAUUAUUUUCCUAUUAUCCUGGUGUACUCUUUUGGUUCUGGCUGGCAGUAAUCUAAUCAUAACAAUAGCUCUCACCUAAUCGGCGAAUGGAGAUCUAUACUGUGAAUGACUACUGUCCGAUUUGUUGAUUUUUAAAUGUUACAUUACCUGAGCUAGAGUUCAUUAGUGCUAAAAUUAGCUGCUCUGCUUAAUUAAUGAGUUAUACACUUGAACUGUAUCCCUUGUCAACUGAGAAGUGCCCAAGUACAGUGUUGUUAAUAGAGCCUGAAACACAUUUCUGCACUCUUUUACCCAAUUCUCACCUGUUCUUUCACAAAUCCUCCCUUCAGCUCUGUUCCACGCUUCUUGGAAACACACAGGAAUGGCCUCAGCACUUGAUUCACAACAAAAACCUUAGUCCAUUUUCAACCAGCACUGUCUAUUACAGCACAAUAAAUACCAGCACGCACAUACUGAUGGAUAGUCUUGCAUGGAUCUCUUAGCUUUUGCUCAGCGUGCAAAUAGGUGACAGAAAAGGCAGGUCAGAAGCUUGUUCAGCUUCUGGCUCCUGUCUGAUGGCACCAGUUACUGGUUCACCUCUUUCACAAGGGUGUGUUCCCAUAGAAAUGAAAGUGGAGCAUCUGUCUCCUUUUCCAGCUUGAAAUUGCAUUUUCAGCCACUGAAAGCUUCAUGAACGGCAGCACCUUUGAGAGAUCUGAUGGAUGUCAGAUCUUGUCUCCAUACAACCAAAUGCAGAAAGGUAUUGAAGCCUGCAGAGCUGGUGCCUGUCGGUGUUGAGGGCUUCCUGGCUAGUAGAGGGAGAGUUAUAAUUCAGCAGGCAGCCACAGCUGGAGCGAUGUCUGUAAAAUGGUCAAGCUGGGGAACAUCUGGCCAAAGGGGAAGGGUAACUGAAGCUGUAGGACAGGCAGCUGCAGAGGGCUGCGGAGAUGAAGGCUUGAAGGAAUGACUAAAGGUGGCAUGGGGUGAGCGUAACAUGUUGCAGAGGGAGACAGCCAGGGUCAGACGUGACUGGAACCAAGCAGGGGUAACUAGUGUCUCUGUGCACAGGAAUGCUGUAAAAAUAGCUAGAAAAAGGGCUGUAUUACCUUGUCUCUGUGCCAGGUUGUGAAAUGACUCUUUAAUCUUACAUUUAUGCAAAGCAUACAUGUUUCCAUGGUAGAACUCACUGUUUUGAAGGAGAUCAUCCUUCAUACAGGAACAGUGACUGUUGCCAGAGGAGACGUGAUUAGACAGAUAAGGUCAGAGCACACAUUUGCUGAGAUUAAAUCCCUCUAAGUCUUUGAAGAGGUGGAAGGCAGAAGCGUAUGAGGAGGGUUUUCAUUCUUCGUAAAGGUGAAAAAGCCUGGCUGAUUGCAAAGUGUAGAUGUACGUGGUGGUGAACAAAUGUCUCCUGGGCACGUGAAUGGGUUUGCAAGGUGCAGAGCACAUUCAGAAGACCUGUCUGAAACUCACUUCUCUCUGAGAGCAUUCAAGGUCUCCUCUGGACAUUACGUUAUCAGAUGGGAUGUUCAGUUCCAAACAAGCAGUGCUCUUCAGAGCCCAGGUUCUCUCCUGUAGGUGUUCCUCACAUCUAGUGAGUCACUGGGAGUUGGACAGGCAGGACCACCUGUAUUCAAAAUGCUGCUACUGUUGCAAGUCUUCCAGUCUAAGAGCUGUGCCUGGUCCCUCACAUGUGGGAAGUUGGUUGUCGAAGGCAAAACAAAGCCCAGCCCAUCAGCAUGUUGGGGAGUCUUCGUUCCUGAUCCAUCUAGGAUGGGCUUUCCCAGCCUGUGCUCCGCAAUGCUUGCUUGUCUCCCUUUCCACUUUUGAAACUUUGAUCAGGAGAAUUUUGCCUUGCUGAAGGCAGCCCCAGAUCUCUUAGCAGCUGCUGACUGGCAGCAUCUAUUUCCACUUGUGAUCCUCUGCCCACUGUCAAGUCCAGGUGUUCCUACCCAAGAUUAAAACCUCUUUCUUCUGUAACAAGUCAUUGGUCUGAGCUAAGAGCAACUUUUGCUUCUGAACUCGUUGCUCCCUUUUUCCUUUUCGUUCCUAAGUCUCUUGGUGCUUGGAGGUGGUUGGAAGGUGUUAACAGUCCAGUUUAGCUUUGGUGGCGAUCUAGUCCUGGCAGCUGGCGUUGGGGAAUCAGGAAAUCUUUUCCUUUGGGCUCUUUGAGGAGUUGUUCAUGGUAAGGUGCGAUGGAGGUUGUGAGGUGGAAUGACUUUUCCUCCAGUCCAGCUUACGUCAGAUCACCUCUGGAAGGGAUUGUCUUCUAGGUACAGCACCAAGCAGGCUAGAAACAGGAUUACAGAGGCAGCUGCAGGAUGUUCUUGUGAAGCGUCACUCUAGUUCAGAUAGGGAUGUCUGGAGAAUCAGCUGUGGCAAAGGGGGCCUCUCUGCGGGAGGGAGUUUGUCUUUGAGCAGCAACAUUGGCAGCUGGGCAGGCAGAUUCCUCUGCAUGCAGCUAUGCCCUGAAAGAGAGACCUGAGCUGAUGCUGGAAAACAGGAGCUGCAAGAGAUAGAGCAGAAUAGAUCAGAUGUACCAGCGAGAGCCAGACAGCUGGGGAUCAGCAGGGUUUUGUGCAGUAACAGCCUGCGAAGGACAGCCUUCUCUUGUUUGCCAGUUAACGGUAAUGUGUUUGCGCAGUUUGUGAUAACUGCACGAGCUGCGUUAAGUAACGGAUAAAACACAGGCUCCCAGGCAGUUACAAGGCGGUGGGAUGGCUGAGCCUGACUGGGGAUCUGAAUGCAAAUGCUGCAGCUCCGGCAAUGCGGGAAGAGCUCUUGAGAUGGGCUGUCAGUUUGAUGGAGCGAAAAGGCUGGCAGGGAGGUGCCGCGGCGCGCUAAUAAAACCUGAGUGUGGGAACCGCUAACUUUUAACAGUUGCAGCCAGUUUCACUGUCUCUCUUUUUUUUCCCUCCCCGACAUAAUGAAGUUAAUAAGAAAUUAAAGGGCAGGCUGCCUGUCGGAGUGCUGAAGCUAGUGUUUUGGUGAAACAGCUGGAUGUGGAGUGGGUGUGCUCUGCUCCAGCAAAGCACGUGUGUUUGCUGGGAUGCUGGGGAAGUGGCCGUGCUAGAAGUGGAGCUGACAACUGAUUGCAAUAAUAUCUCAGUGGUUAAACAAGAAGUAUGGUGAGACAAACUGGGCAGGCAGGAAAGCUGGAGCUAAAUGGGAUGUCCGGCUAAAUGGUCAGCUCUGUCUUGGCUCUGUAGGCUGUGCUGGAGCCAGAUCGAUGCACAAGUGCUGUAGAAGGGCUGCCCGGAGACUUUGCAGGUGGCCCAGCUUCACUCCCAGGCCCGUCUCUCGCUCUGAACACCACUCUGCAAUGGGAUUGCUCCCAGGUUUGUUGUCCUGUUUGGCAUCUCGUUUGGGAAGUGCUGGCCAGUAGAAGACUAAUGUUGGCCAACUUCCAGAGCCAAGAAGAGCUGCUCAGCAGUGCAGAGAGAUCCCAAGCAAUGUCCGUUUGAUGUGGGAUGCUUGCUGGCAUUGGAGGCUUUGGAGCAGGGCUCAGCUGCCGGCAUCUCUCCCUUGUCUAGGAAGGGGUGCAGGACGAGGGCCCCAGUACCAGCACAUUCAAUGGGAAAACACCAAGCUUACACACGGGGACAUCUACACAAAGAUCUCAGCUGUGCUGCUAGCUUGGUAUUCUGGUUCACUGGGCCAUGACUGGUCCUGAAGAUCCCACUGCCUGUAGCCCAUGUCUGAGGCAAAACCACCAUUUGUGGGGGGAUGCUGCAUCAUGGGAUGGUGAUUUCCAUGCCUUCAAGCACAAGGAGCUUUAGUGGCUUUUAUUUAAGAGCUGUUUCUGAUCAGGCAACUGCCCCAGAGUUCAGAGGCUCCCCAUGUCUUGCAGUUUAGCUCUCCAUAGAGUGGAGGCAAGAGGGACGGUCAAAAUCAGCCUUGGAGUCCAGUGAAAACAGUGGUUGGGGCACAGGCAGGGGUUUCGGCGGUGCCCCUGACAUUGCCAACGUUGCUGCAGAUCCUGAAAGCACAAGCACCACUUGGCGGCAUCUCUGCUCAGUGCCUGAUCCCAGGCUGGCAGCCUUUGGAUUGGGCCCAUAAACUGCACAGCUCCUGGCGUUUGCUGAAAUUACCAGCUUGCAGACGGGGGCGAAGGGGACUUCCAGCGGGAGCGGAGGCUGCCGGCCUCUUGACGAUCUAUUGACUUAAUUUAUAGCUCUGCGUUUCUAAAGCAAACAAGCCAGCAGCUUCCUUUAAAAAAUACAAGGCAAAGCAAAGCAGCAGAGAACUGCCCGUGGGCCCCACGUCCGGGGCAUCUCUGCGCUAGGGGGCCGGCAAGCCGCUGAACGGAGAGGGGAAGGCACAGCUGCAACGACUGCGUUGCUGCAGCAAUAACAGUCCUUCGACUCGGCACGAGAUGAGCAGCUCGCCUCUCUUUUCCCGUGGAGGCCCAGCACGGCCUUUCCUCAUAGCACAAGCCAAAGUUUAUUGUCGCCGUCGCCGAAUCGUUUCGGCCUUCCCGGCCCCGUUUCCGAUGGGAGGAACCAGCCUGCCUGAUGGGCAGGUCCUGUCGUGCCGAAACGCGCCUGCACCGUGCAGCUGCUGAUUUUUAGAGGUGUCUCCAAGGCCAGACGGUCAGCCUUGGCGAGAUGUCUUUGGACUGCAGCUGCGUGCGCAGAGCAACGCUAGCAGUCCUGGAGCUUUCUUGUGGCUUUCUCUUUCCGACGAGAGCGACUCAUGCUGUACCUGGGGAACGUAGCACUUUUGUUAUAUUAAAGCAGUGGGAAAUAAAACGCUGUCCAUCAUAUCUGA